AUGGAUACGGUGCUGGAGUUUAAUCCUCACUAUGAUCCUGAAGAAAAUCACUCCAUAGAAGCUAUUAUUAGCAUCAAGAAGGGAGUUCCCAUUGGUGCUCAAAUCACAUAUGAUAGCUCAGAUCAUGGCAGUUCAUAUACUUGGAGACUGCACAUGAACUUGACCAAGUAUUGAGUACAUCAAUUGCCCAACAUCCUACCAGAAGCAAUCACAUUGGGGUGGAGGGGACUGGCACCUAUCAGUCUUCCCCAACCUGAUGCCCGCCUUCCAUGUUGGGAGUACAACUUCCAUCUUGGACCAUUGGCCAUACUGGUUAAUUGUAGUUCAAGACACCUGGGAAGGUAUAAGGCUGGAGAAGGUUGGCAUGCAUAAACCAAGUGCAAGGCAUAGUGCAAAGGGAGCUGAAAUGUUUGGUAAACUGAAUUAAACCACCACCACACUGUUGUCUAUAUAUAGAAGUCUGAAAGGUUCUAUACAUAAACUACCAGUAUAUUCAAGAGAGAACUAGUUAUGUUAAUCUGGAAUGCAGGAAGAUGAAAAAUGUAAGUGGUUUAUUAAGUUAAGAGUAUGCAGGCAAAAACUUCCAUUCAUUUGAAUGAAGUGGAUUGAGAAUGAAUAGGUAUGAACUUUAGUCCUUACCUUUUCCGGCACAACCGAAACAACUAUUCUUUACUCUCUGCACAUAAUAACAUAUUAUAUUAUAUUAUUAGGUCAUUGAUAGAUUAAAAAACCUGACAAUAUUGCAAAAUGAAGAUAUACCCAUUAUUUUGUGGGUAUUAUUCCAGUUGUAUGCAUUUUAAAAAUAGCACUGUGGUGAUGAUACAAAACUUUUUCUUUUUCUUUUACAUAUUCUAGGACAAAGUGAAAAAGAAACUCAGCAAAAAGAAAAAGGUAAGAUAAUGUGAAUGCUUAGUUUUUGCAUUGGUGCUUGAAGACCUUUGAGUAGCAAGUGACAUAAUCACCAACUUCCUUAAGUUAGGACCUGAAGCAUUGUGUUUAAUUCAAAUCAGCAGCCACUAGGCCCUUCACCACCUUCAAAAACCUUCUCCUGACAGCUCAGGGACACAGCAAAGGGAUGGUAUCCACAAUAUACAAAAUACUGCUCCAAAAUCCCACAAACCCCCUUGAUUCAAUCAAAUAACAAUGGGAGGAUAACAUAGGCUAUGAAAUUAACCCCACUCAUUGGACUAGAAUGUGGUCUAAACCUCCCUUUAAGUCCUUAUCAGCCCAAAGAAGGUUUCAGCCUGAAACUCACCUACAGGUGGUACCUAACACCAUGCAAACUGGUGCUGAUACGCCCAGGAACCUCACCAAGAUUUUGGAGAGGCUGCACCUCCAGAGGCACAUGCCUCCACAUGUGGUGGGAAUGCCCUAAAAUCCAACCCUUCUGAACAGCAGUCCUACAAGAGAUAUGCAAAAUAACUAAACAAGUAUUAGAAGUCACCCCAGAACUGGCCCUACUGAACACCUUCCAACAUCAUAAUGACCACUCACAUUAUACACCUUGCUACAUUUUGUGUCCCUAUUAUACAGCACUAGCAGAAGCAGGGGCCUUUCAUUUACUUGGAUAGUUCAGGAACAUGAUACCAUAUGGUGGAUUGCCGACACAGUGUCCUGAAACAUAUGGGUGUUCUUGGAAAGAGUCCAUGAAAGCAUGCCUUCCAAGUCUUGGAAAAUAAGAUCAAAUGAUUCUAAUGGCCUGUUCUGCACAUUUGUGCCUUAUGCUGAUCAUUUGUCAUAUUGUGGUAAUAACCAUAAGCCGAUGAUGUUCAUAUAUUUAGCUAAAUCCUUUAAAACAGGGAUGAGGAACCCAUUGUGCUCCAGAUGUUGUUGGACUGCAACUCCUAUCAUUCCUGACCAUUGGCCAUGCUGGAUGAAGGUGGUGAGAGUUGGAAUCUAACAGCAUCUGUGAGGGUGGGUUCCCAAGGUUCCCAAUUCCUGCUUUAAAAUCAGGUAUAGAGGUUCUUUGUUAAUUGAUCCUUAAUCCUACUAUCCUGUUACCCCUUCCUCCUGCACCGAUACAGGGAAUGGAGUUGCUGACAAACCCAGUGGCUGAAUGACUUUGAAUAGCUCAAUGACUAGCAAUGGCUUCAGAUGCAGUUGUGAUCUUUCAGAUAACUACUCUGGAGUGUGAUGAGGGCACCGUUGCCUUUUUGGGUACUGGCCAGAUGCUACUGCAACCCACAGGAAGCAGGGAUAGCCACCAACUUAGAUGGCUUUAGGCAAAUUCAUGGAGAAGAAGGCUAACAAUGACUACUAGCCAUGUUGGCUAUAUUCUGCUUCCACAGUUGGAGGCAGUAAUACCAGUUACCAAAAACUACAGGAGGGGAGACUGCUCUUGUGCCCAGAUCUUGUUUGCUGGUUUCCCACCAGCAUCUGGUUGGCUACUAAGAAAGCAGAAUGCCGACUACAUGGACCAUUAUCCUGAGUCAGUAGGCUCUAACUAUGUUCUUGCAUUCUUAACAAUUUGGACUGGAAGACAAGAAAUUUAAAAAAGAAUGGGAGAUGUUUAUAAUGUAUAUACAAAAGUAAUGCAAACGGGUCAAAACAUUAGCAGGAUUCUAAAUACACUAAAUGAAAUAGAGAGUAUGGAUAACUUAGGAAGACGGAAUAAUUGGAGAAAUGUCAGUAUGCAGUUAAAAUAUAAUUAAGAGGACCCAUGGUUGGGAUGGGGGGAAGUCAAGAGGGUAAUCUCAAUAUGUGGAAUUGUAAGAUUUUUUGUAAGUUUAUCUUUCUCUUGUGUUCUUUUCUUCUUUUCAUUUCUUUUUUCUCUUCCCCCCCUUUAUUUUUGGAAAUUCAAUUACACACACACCAGUUUGGACUUGUCACAGUAUUAUUGUAACUGUGUAAAUACAAAAACACUACAGUUUUGCUCCUUAUUGUUAGAUAUCAUUCAGCAUGCAUUAAGGUGUUAAAGAAGUUCAUAAAUAGUCAAUUCUGAAUUCUGGGAAGAAAUGCUGUAUUUCUUUUUAAUCUCUUUUUUUUCUAGUGAAGAAAAAGAAACCAAAAUUGCUCAAUAAAUUUGAUAAACAGAUUAAAGCUGAACUCGAUGCUGCAGAGAAGCUGCGUAAAAAGGUAAUGAUGAAAUUCGACUGAGCUUAAAUUGGCUGUUGCUGGAGAGAACAUAAAGAUGCAUAAAAUUCUAGGCAUAGAGAACCUCAGAAGGCACUGAUAAACACUACAAAUGGUUGUGAACCCAUCUAUUGGCAAUGCUAGUGGAUCACAAUAUAGGCUUAUGUCUAUUGUAAGGGGUGGAUGGACAAAGACAGCAAUUCAGUACUUUUAAAAUGUAUAGACUGUAGCUCAGUGGUAGAGCAUCUGCUUUGAAUGCAGAAGGUACCAGGUUCAGUCCCCAGCAACUCCGGGUAAGGCUAGGAAAGGACUUGUCCGAAAUCUUGGAGAACUGCCAUCAGUGUAGACAAAACUGAGCUUGGUGGAAUAAUGGUCUGAUUCAGUAUAUGGUAGCUUCCUAUGACAUUUUAUGCAACUGAACCUGGGAAGUAGCCCUGCCCAAGUAAAGUAAAACUUGCAGUUCUUCCAGAUGUGAUGGCAGCCUUGAGUUUUAAAAUCUAUAUAUUUUUCUCAUAUUUGCAUACCUCUUCAUAACCGAAGCUUUCAAGGAUUUCACAGCUGUGAAAUAGCCCGUAAGAAGGUACCUAAAUAAUUUCGUUUUGAUGCCAUCGUGUAUUUAAUUUCAGUAGGAUUACUCUGAGUAAAACUCAAAUGAAUACCACCCAUCAUAUUCAAUCAAUUUUUUCCUUAUGUGUUUUAAUAGCCCCCAAUAUGCUUUCAUUUUCCCCCCUCAAGAUGUUCACUUUAAGCCAUUUCAUAACAAAAAGGGAAAUUUCAGGGAUGGCCCCAGAUGUUUCCCUCCCUGAGGAAGAGCAAUAAAUACCACCUUCUCCCUCUCCCUCUCCCUCUCCCUCUCCCUCUCUUCUGUCUCCUCCCCCCCCACACCCUGAGCCCAAACCUAGCUGGUUUAUUUUAGCAUCUAAGACAUAAAAUCCCACAAGCACUUCUCCCUGGGUACAGAAAUAUAAUAACUUGUUGCUCUUCCAAAAUCCACUGCCUGUGGUCAUCAACCCACUCUAGUGCUGAUAUUUUAGAUUCCCCCGCCAUUCCCUUCCACAAUCAUUUCAUAAUGUUAAUAUUUUAUUUUUAUUUAAACGACAACAAUCCCAACCUGUGUUUAUUUAAAAGGUGUAUUAUACAUUACCAAACUAUAACAGAUAGCUUCCCUAGCUGUCACUGUAAGUGUUGUGUGCCUACUUCCUUUUCCCACAAAAAAUGUUUUAUAAAUGACUGAAUUAUUUUUAGGCGCUUUGUUAGCUGGUGACUUCUCAGCACUUUUAUCGGAAAUGUAAAUAAUAAUGAAUGUUAAUAUUUUCCCUACACAUGGUAUUUUGCAAAUUACUUCAGAUAACAAUGGUUUUCUUUAGGGAAAAGCUGAGGAAGCUUUGAAGGCAUUUGAAGCAUUAGUCAACAAGUACCCCCAAAGCCCACGGGCAAGAUAUGGAAAAGCGCAGGUAAAAAAUGAGCAAGCAAUGUAUGGAAAGACAAAUUGUCUAGUUGUGUAUGUCUCUAUUUGUCCUAGACUAUAAAUCCAGUCAUCUCCAGGAUGAACACAAUGGGAAAUGUGAAUGAUCUUGCAAAAGGCAGCUCUUAUUUAGUGAGGCCAGGACAUUUCCCCCAGAGCUGUGAAACUUGCAGGUGGUUUACUGAAUGUUUCUUAAUCCUAGCACUGAUUCCCCCCCCCAUGCUCCUGUAACUGCCAAUUUCUUCUGAAAGAAGGGAGCAGGUGACACUUCCUUUCUUGAAUAGAAGAGGCUUGGUACCUCCUGUCUUUUCUCCUUUGGAUGUCUCUCAGCUUCUUGUGUUACAUACAAUUAAGCAAUGACAUUCCCAGUGAUUUGUGCUUAUAGCCCAUAUUUUGUAGCCUUAAAAUAACUUGCAUACACACUAUAAUCAGCUUGCUUGACAUUACACGAUGGAAAUAUGGAGGUCUUAACUGUGUCAGUUCUUCAAUUGACAUCCGUCUUAAAAUAAAUAAAUAAACCAAAGCCAGAAAAGCCAGCAGAAUUCACCAUAUUAACCCUUUGUUAAAACAACUUGCUAUUACAACUUUCCAUCCAGUAAAGUCAUUCUGAAGUGAAAACAGAUUUAUACUACCUUUGAACAAAUACUCAUGAUUUGGUGAAUGAAUUCCAGAAUAAAACAAAACAAAGCUGCAGGCAUUUCAAAAGAUGAGCACGGAAACAAAAUACCUGUUUAUUUUUUCAAGUCAGUGUUGUGGUUGGCUAUGUAGAGGCUGUUUGCCAGCUAUUAAAAUAUUUUUUUCCAUUUUCCUUGCUGUACGUUUUGGUGUAAGUAGCCACCAAAAUGCUUGAAGGUGUUACACUGUCCAUUUGUACAAUCAGGAAUUCUUCUUCUUUUUCUUUAAAAUGAAAGCAGUUCAUCUCCUUUUCCCAAUGACAUUUACCAAUCUCAAACAACUACCAAUUGAGUAAAAACAUGUUUUUAACAAACAAAAAGUUAAGUGGUGACUUGGGCACUGAUGAAUGAUUUAUGGUCACACACAGAGUGAGGAUGACUUGGCAGAGAAAGCGAGAAGCAAUGAAAUACUACAGCGAUCCAUCAGUACCUAUGGUGAAGUUGCUAGUCUACCAAAUGUCCCUGAUGAUCUGGUAAAACUCACAUUGAAAAGAAGGGCAGAUCGGCAACAAUUUCUUGGUAAGGAUCUUAAAUCUGCACUUACUGCAGGUCAAAUGUUCAAAAAUGCCCAGGGGGUUUUUAAAGACUUUGUUGUUUUAUUAAAUGGAUGAUACAUACAGCAUAUGUUUGUAAAGUUACAUGAACGAUAAACAACAAAAGAACUGUUUGCGCAAUGUAGCUUAAAGGGUAAGUACACACUAGAGAUGUAUAUCAUAUAAUGCCAAGAAGAUUUUGAAGGAGAAACUGAAACCUAUUUGGUCUCAAAAAAUCCUCCUUGUGAAUUUUAACACCAUUUUUUCUACAGAUACUGCUCAGUUGCUUGAAUAUUCUUCCAAAUGAUUUCUAUCUGGAUUUGACAUUGAUACUUGGUUUUAAUAUCCUGAUAGGGGUGGGGUUUUUUUUGCCAGUAUUUGAUCAUGCAUAUUCAACAGUAUACAGCUGUGUUACCUGUACAGUGGUACCUCGGGUUAAGUACUUCAUUCGUUCCGGAGGUCCAUUCUUAACCUGAAACUGUUCUUAACCUGAAGCACCACUUUAGCUAAUGGGGCCUCCUGCUGCCGCACCACCGCCGCACGAUUUCUGUUCUCAUCCUGAAGCAAAGUUCUUAACCUGAAGCACUAUUUCUGGGUUAGCGGAGUCUGUAACCUGAAGCGUAUGUAACCCGAGGUACCACUGUAUACAGCUUCACAGAGUCAAAUCAUAUUGUACAGACCACAGAUAUGCUUGUACAAAAAAACCCCCAAAACCUGUGUACAUCACUGCAUUUGUGUUUUAAACUGUUGGUCUCUUUCCAGUGGCAUUAAAUUACAGGCAUGACUUGAAAUGAACAGAAGUAGAUAGAAACAGGUGUCUCCCAGAUUCAUGGAAAGGACAAAUGUUAAGCAAAUAUUGUGAGCAACUGUCUUCCUGUGAGCCAGGAAGUCUGAACAUUCCCCCGCCCCCCGCUUGAAUUUAUUGCAGUUUAUUUAUACCCUUAAUUAAUGUAGUUAAAAAGCACCAGCAGCUUUAAACUUGCACUUUAAAGAACUGGAGAUUAAUUGUUGGCAUAUCUAUCCAUGCUGUGAACCCCCUUAUUACCACUGUCCAAUGAAAGCUGUGAUAUGAGGAAUGCCACAGUUGUCCACAAGAGGUCUCCAUAAGACUGACUGAUACAAUCCACCAGCUUGCUUUCCUAAGGCAUAUCUGUUAAAAUUAGUAGUAAAAGACGUCAGUGAGAAAAAUAUUCAUAUAUUUUCACAUGCGUAUUUACAUUUUGUGUUAUCGGUCUUUAGUAAUGUAUACUUUUUAUAUAUUUAAUCACUUGAGCCCAUUUAACAGCUGAACAUACUGUAUUGCAGGCAUGAGCAACAUGAUGCUCUCCAGAUGUUGCAGGACUCCCAUCAACCUCAGUCAGGAUGGCCAAUCGGCAGAGAUGAUGAGAGUCCAACCACAUCUGGAAGGCACUGGAUUGGCUACCUCCUCUGCUAUAUCCCAGACUACUCCUACUUGUAACCAAGCUGUUGUUGUUUUUUGUCCAAUUCAAUUAGGUCGCAUGAGAGGCUCCUUGGUUACACUGCAAAAACUUGUUAGCCUGUUUCCCAAUGAUACUUCAUUCAAGAACAAUCUAGGAGUGGGUUACCUUUUGAUUGGUGACAACAGCAAUGCCAAGAGGGUUUAUGAGGAGGUGAGCUUCUAUUAAGAAUAUGUAAACUUUUUUUUAAAGUACCACAGGUUGAUCAAGGCUUAAGAACAUUACAAUUUUGCAAACAAUAAAAGUAUGCAUCUGCCUCUUUAUAGCAUAGGUGGUGAACCAGUGGGCUGAAAGGUGAUUGCAGCAGCCCUACCAGCCCACAACAAAAUCAGGUACAUCUCCCUCUGCAAAGCCUCCAUUGCUGGGUGGUCUUACCAGACAGGAACCAGGAAGGAGCAUUCUGUGCUGUUUCCUCAUAGGAACGAUUCCCUGCAAGAGGGAGUAUGAUUUGCAAAUUAUGCAGAUGGGGGCUUUCUUUUCCAUUGUGCUGGCUGGGCCUGAACUUCUCCUCAUUACCCAGGGCUGCAGUGGCAAAAUCUGUACAUCACAGUCCUGGGCUGAGAGGAAAGGGUUAAAACUCUUCAUGCAGCCCAAUACUGUGAUGGACAAAUCACCCCAUGACAGGGUUGAUCUGAGGAGAGAGGUUUAAACUUCCCUGCCCAGCCUAGUGAGGAUGAAUGUGUGUGCAGAGUGUGUGUGUUUUGUAUGUGGUGCAUGUGUGAUAAAUAUGUGUUGGCAACACCUACCACAGGCAUGUAGUCCUUGGAUUAGUUGACUGACCCUCAGGGUAGCCCUUCAGCCAAAAAAGGGUAGCCACCCCUGUCUUUUAGGCCAUGGUACCCUCAUUUUGACCAGUCCAAACACUGCAAAUGUUUCCUCUUACAGUUGCGCUAAAGUGUGCAUAGACUGUGUGGUUUCCCUGUUGCGUAGCUUCUUGUUCAAACUCCAAGAUACUUGCCUUUCCCCCUUCUGGUCAUUCCUUCGCAUGGGAAAACCUGGUCUACUAAAAAGCAUGUGAACAGGAUUGUACCAUGACUCUAGGGAGGCAUUCAAAUCUGACUGUAUGAUAAUGCCACUGAAGGCAACUGAACCUCAUUGAAACUGAGGGCAUUGCUUCCUGAAGCAGUCACUUACAUAAUUCCAGCCAGCUGCAGUUGUACAUCAAUUUAAAAGCAUAUCUCAUUCACAAAAUGCUCAAAGAUGUUACAGUUUAAAAAUUAAAGAAUACAUGUGAAAUGGUCUGAUGAAGAAACAAAGUUAGGUAUACCAGGCGGAGCAUCAUAACUCAUUUGAAGUUUUAAUACAAAGUUUAUAUGUAGCUAGUUCUGUACCCUAUAAAAUAGGGAUGAGGACUGUGUGGUGCUUCGAAUGUUGUUCCCUACAACUCCUGUCAUUUUCUUUGCCAUGCUGAUUGGGGCUGAUGGGACUUGGCAGCAAACAACUUCUGGGGGACCUCAGGUUCUCCACUGCUGUUAUGAAUAGAGUCUUGAAAUCUGACUAGAGGCAUUGCAAUGUGGUUGAAGACCCACGAAGCACCGUCUGCUGAUGGCCAACGAGAAUCAGAAAAUCCCUGCACCCCCUCCCCUAUGUUGGCAAAAGGGUAGCACUAGAAUGAGAAGUUGUAGGUCAGCAGUAGGAAUAACUUUUAGGAAAUCCUGUGUUCAUGGUUGACCUAAAUGCUGUUCUCAGCAGUUUGGUCAUGUUGAAUCUUUUUUCCUAUUUCCCCUGCCACACACACCUUCAGCAAUGAACCCAAACAGUGAACUUUGAAUCAAAGAAUUUUAUUCCUAUAGCUGGAAUUCAACCCGAUGGGAAACUUGUCCAUUCUUGGCGAACAAUUUUUUUAAGAUCUUCCAUUGUAUCACAGCUUGAAGGCAGUGUCAAGAAAGGGAUAGCAUUUCAUUUUUCUCCGAUUAGCUAUUUCCCCUUUGAAUCUAGUAGUCUGGCACUGAGACACAAUACAUUAAAUAUAGGCUUUGUAAAAAUCAAAGCUGCUUUUGUUUUCAAAGUGCAAUAGAUCUUGGUUUAACUUUCUUCAAGGGAUUUCUCUAGUUCAAGAAAUUUGAAGGCAAACGCUCUGUCUCCCAAUUUGUGCCACAGAUAGACGAGUGUUUUGAGGUUAGUCCUGAACUCUGCAUUAAUUAUAGUUAAAUGGCUGAAAAAGACACAGUAGCAGGAAGAAUUCCCUUCCUUCUCUGCUCCCACAGUUCUGUGUACAGUGGUACCUCGGUUUAAGUACUUAAUUCGUUCCGGAGGUCCGUACUUAACCUGAAACUGUUCUUAACCUGAAGCACCACUUUAGCUAGUGGGGCCUCCUGCUGCUGCCGCUGCGCCGCUGUGUUGCGAUUUCUGUUCUCAUCCUGAAGCAAAGUUCUUAACCCGAGGUACUAUUUCUGGGUUAACAGAGUCUGUAACCUGAAGCAUAUGUAACCUGAAGCGUAUGUAACCCGAGGUACCACUGUACUAAUUAAACAUUCUUUUCAUAAAAAUACAUUGUGCAAAUGUCAAAGCUGACGUUUGGUAUGUUGUUUGAAAAUGAAGGCCAGACCAUGAAUAUCAGCACAGCUUCUUGUCCAUGGCUGAGGAUGGAACACACCUUACAUGCAGCAUGGAAGUAUUGCCAAAAAAUGGCUCCCCUCCUGUUUGAGUUCUCCCCCUCUGCUCCAUAACAUUUAGGCUCACUUAACCCAGCAGGUGCCCGUCACAUUAUUAUUUUUUAACUACAACUCCCAUCCGCAUUGGCUAUUGACCAUGUUGUCUGGGACUGGUGGGAGUUCUAGUCCAAAAUAUCGGGGGGGGGGCACCAAAUUGGGGAAGACUGAUUCAGUCUAUAUCAUGAUAUCACCAAGUUGUGAGUUUCCCUGCCUUUAGCAAUGGGAGCCAAUAAUGUGGAGUGAGACAUGAAGUCUCAUGACUUGAUAAAAACACAUCAUAGGGUAUGUUCCUUAUUUCCUUAUUUCCUUCCUUCAUUAUUUCAUCUUUCUCUUCUCCUGUCUCCUAAUUUAUCCCUUCUCUAUCUCCUUUUCUCUUUCUCUUUUCUUUUUCUUUUUAGUUUUUGGUUUUAUUUAGAUUAACAUUUUAAUUUUGAUAAAAAAUAUAAUAAAUAAUAUUUGUGUUCCUUUUUCCAAACUCUAAUAAAAUUUACUUUUUUAAAUGCAAUUUUGAAGCAUCUCCAUGUGACACACAAUAUGUAAUGCCAGCCUAUAUGACUGUGCUGAAUUAGUCCAAGAAGUCUGCUGCAUGACCUUGCAGGCAAGAGAAAAGGCAGGGACAAUUCCAAUUAGACAUACAUGUUCAAUAAUGCAUAGUCAAAACCCUUAACCAGUGGUCUGCUUGUGGACUACUAAUGGAAAUAAAUCCUUAUUUUGAGCCAAGAACUAAUAUAUAGCACUGUCUCUGUAAACAAUUCAAAAUCACUGCAGAGGUAAAGCCCUAAUUAUUUGUUGUUUUGCUUUUUCACAGGUUUUGAGCCUGGCUCCUAAUGACGGCUUUGCUAAAGUGCAUUAUGGCUUCAUCCUGAAGGCAGAGAACAAGAUUGCAGAAAGCAUUCCCUAUUUAAAAGUAAUAUUUACAUUAGGAUCUCCUUCUUUUGGAAAGCACAAUAAAUGGAGGAAAUUAUAUGUAAAGGGUCAAAACUGUACUAUUUAAUAUUAGAGGGUCGUGAAAUCCUCCUUUCCCCAUAUGAACUGACCCAGAUCCUGUGAUCACCAUCUGAGGCCCUUUUUCAUGUGCCUCCUCCACGAGAGGUUCAGAAGGUGGCAACACGAGAAAGGGCCUUUUCUGCAGUGACUCCCCACUUGCAAAAUGCUUUCCCCAGGGCACCAGGUGCCUUUGCUACUUAUCUUUAGGCAGAAGGCAAAAACAGUCCUCUUCUCCCAUACCUUUGGCUAAUUAAACAAUCAAUGGACUUUUUAACUGCGGGGGGUCUUGGGGUUUUUUGUUUCAAAAAUGGUAUACAUUUUUGUGUUUUUAUAUUGUAAACUGCCCUGUGAUCCUUGGAUGAAUGGUGGUAUAGGAUGAUGAUGGUUAUUGUUAUUAAUAUUACUACUACUACUGCUAUCACUACUAUGUUGAUCCAUCCCCUGGAUGCAAGAUCUCUUUUCCUGCAUGGGGCUUCAGGUCAGUUAUUUAGCACUGCAACUUACUCCCUGCCCUCUAAGAACCAGUUCACACAACCACGUUUGAGAUGGUUCUUCUGAAGCAAGUUCCCAUGUAGAGACAUUUUCACAAGUUCAUAUAAUCAUGUGAACAUUUGUGGGGGAAACACACCAUGGCCACUCUCCACCUCCAUUAGAAAUAGUAGAGUUGGCACACAAUAGCAGAGAAGACAUGGGGGAAAGAGGGUGAUAGAUAAUUGAUUACGCAUCCUUUGAAGGAACAGAAAGUGUGUGCAGUAUAAUACAUUAUAGGAAUUUUAAGAUAAUAUAUCUUUGAGAAAGAAUUAUAUAAAUACAGGUAUCCUAUAUACUAGUAAUUGACUUACUAUCUGCAUGUGGGUCUUUAGGCAGCCCAAAUGACAGUACAAUUUAAUGUAUAAGCAGCCUUGGGGGAUCCUUAAAGUUUUCAGAAGUACAAGAAAUCUUUAUGGUGGGGGAGCCCCAAAACAGCUUGAUGGACAUGGAAUGAUGGAAAAAUUGAAAGCUGGGGAAAUGGAAUAGAGUUUCCUAGUAAAGGGCAUAGCUGGCUCAAAUCCUGAAUAGCAGCCAUGCACGCUGCUACAUUUUGUUAGCUGUGGAACUGAAAAGCUUUUUUAAAACACAAAAAUGAAUAACUGGCAUUCUUUUCUGAUCCCUCUAGGAAGGUCUAGAAUCAGGAGACCCAGGCACUGAUGACGGGCGCUUUUAUUUCCAUUUGGGUGAUGCCAUGCAGAGAGUUGGAAACAAAGAGGUAGAGUUUAAUGGAGGUUCAAUGAGUUUCAUCUGAAAAGGCAAAUAAGAUCUGAGUUGACUUUGGCCCUAUUGUGUCCAGAGUGUGAGAUUGGUCAGGAACCUGAAGCAGGAAGCACAGCAAAGAGCCAAACUCCAAAUGUCAUCAGAGGCUAUGAUGAAAUUGCAGGUUGUUAAGCAGACAGAAGGGUUCAAGGGAAGACUUGGAAAUAAAUAGGGCUGUAGUCUUAGUCAAACCAAUUAGAAGAGGCUGACUCUACCUAGGGAACAAGAGCUGGGUAUAAAUCCAAUUCAGCUUUUGCAUUAAUUCACACUGCCAAAAUUCCUAAAGCUUUUUACGUGGACCAUAACAAAAGGCUGAAUGGUCGGAGGCACCCUGCAUAAAGAAGUGGGAAAUUCCCCGUGCAGUGGUGUCUUUGAGAUGGCAUUGCAAUGGGUGAAAUCCAAUAUAAGUUACCUUUAUUUAUGAAUACACUUAGCUGGAUCACACCAAACUGCUUCCUAGUUCCUGAUGUUUAAGUAGGAUCCCCCCACCCCAUUUCUUCUGUAAGGAAGUGCAUAGAAAUGGCUACAGAGAAGAAGCUUAGUUAAUUGCCCCCCCUUUUUUUUACUUUUAGCAGCAUUGCUGCAAAGACAUCUUAAAACCUAUUUCUCUUUACCUCUGUGUCUUUAGAGACCAGUAUAUUGAGUUCCUUUCUUUGUGAUGUAGUUGAGUGGCUUACUGGUUAUAGGAUUGUGGAUUGACAUUAGGGACAAAAUUUUAAAGAAAACUUUCAGCAUAUACUUUUUGAUUAAUUUCUGCACUUCUGGUUAUGUACUGAAGUAGGGAUGAGGAAUCAGAUUCAGCUGCAAGGCCAGACCCUGGCAUCCCACAACUCUCGUGGGCCACUGUGGGUGUGGUUUUGCAAAAUGGCCUCACCACUUAACUGCCAAUACUGGUAGCUUCCUUGUAGAUAUUAUCCAUGGAAGGCAGAUAGAUUUAUUUUUUUUUACAGGAGGUAGAGAAGAUGUCUUUGCUUUUUGUGUUUUAUUGCAAGAUGGGCAGAACUGGAGCAGCAUCCUAGUAGGAAUUUCUAUAGGCACAUCCAUAUUCCACGUGGAUGGUGGGUAUACUUGAGUGCCACUGAAUUAUUUGGUGCUGCAGGUUUUCAUGGAAAAGAUCUUAAAUUGUUUGUAUCCACCUCUGUUCUCUUUUCCCAGAUCACUGCAUCUCAGCUGGUUAUUUGUGAUGAUGCUAUAGGGGAACAAUCACUAAGCAGGCAGAUAGCAUCAUUAGCAUGCACAGAGGAAUUUGCUAGCAUAUGAUAUUUGUUAUUGAUUUAUCCUUUUCUGCUGAAGUGUAGCUAAUGUAAAUGAGCUGUUAACAAAUUAAAAUCUUCUAGGCAUACAAGUGGUAUGAACUUGGGCACCAGCGGGGUCACUUUGCAUCUGUCUGGCAGCGCUCUCUCUACAAUGUUAAGGGUUUAAAGGCUCAGCCAUGGUGGACAGCAAAGGAAACAGGUUAUACAGACCUGGUCAAGGUGAGCAGUAUGCUUUCUUUUACUUUAUAGAUUGUUAUCAGCAGACAUUUCUGCAUAUUGCAUGAUGCCAAAAAGAAAACUGAAAUUAUUUGCAAGCACAAUGCAUACAUAGAAAAAUGCAAGAAGGAAAAUAUAGGAGAUAAAAAUACAAAAUAAUAAUAAUCAGGGUAAAAAUCUACGUUUCAUUAAUUCUCCUAUAUAGAUUUUUGUCUGAAGUAGAUUCCACAGCUGCAGUUCUCUGGAUACAUACCUAGAAUUAAAUCUCAUUAAACACAGUGGAGCUUACUUCUCAGUAAGCAUGCAUAAGAUCAGACUUCAGCAGAUAGAACAAUAUGCUGCUUUAUUCCUUGUGACUGACACCUAAGCUUGGUUCCAGACUUGAGUCAUACUUAGAGUAGACCAACUGAAAUCAGCAGGACCUAAGUAAGUCAUGUGACUAACUUGAUUUCAGUGGGAGCCAUAGUCCAUUGUGUGACAUUCCUUCUUCUGCUAAGGGAAUGAGUUGUGGAAGUGAGCGAACACAAAAAAAUGUACAUGCUGGACCACUUGAGUUUUUAUGGCCAUAGUAAGUCUGUAAUUUACACUAAUUACUGGGAGGCAAGCCUUAAAUUGCUGAAUGUUGUAAUUAGUGGAUAACAUGCCGGUUUGUUUUCCCUUGUGCUCUCAUAACUCUUAGAGGCUUCACUGGGACGUUUAAUUGCAGAAGGUAGACAACAUCAGGCCAACUGAAUAAAUACAAAACUCAGACAACAGAGAAGAAACUCAUCACUGUUUGUAGCCCUUGAGAUAGACAGCUAAAUUAUUUAUAAUCACUAUUCUCUGCUAUUGUUAAAAUACAAUUUAGACUCUGUUAUUAAAUCAUCAAUUAUUGUUCUUUUUUCAAAACGUCAGUGAGAUUUCCAUUUCUAGAACAGAUUAUAGAGGAACUUUAGAGGCUGCCAUCUAUUUUAAUUGUUUGCUUUUUUUCUUAAUGUUCCAUGCUAAUAAGAAGAAGACUUAUACUCCCUCCCCCUUUUAACAGGAUCACACACAUUAUUAAAUUUUGUUGUCCCUGUAAAAGGCUAAAACAUCUGGUUUUUCUGAACAUGCUUUAAUGUUAGCAUGGAUAAUGUUCCCUAACAAGAAAUGUUCUCUAGCAUGAAUAUCCUCAUUCAUUUUGACCAUCUGCACGCUUUCUUGUAGGAAAGCCCUAUUGAAAUCAAUGGUCCGUAGGGUAAGUUUGCACACUCAAAGCUCAGGUGGGCUUCUUAAAUCUGCAUCCCAUGAUGGAAUAGUCUGGCUGUUUUGGAGACUAAAUGAACCUUGAUUGAUUGAUUUUUGUUCCCCCCAAGAGAGCUAAUGCUUGUGUUUGGCCAUAAGGUGCUACAUCUAGUCGCACCUAGUGGCACAAUGUAAUCAUGACUAGUUACAGGAUGCCAGUCAGAAAAGGGGAAAGACACCCACAUGUUCUCAUUCAGACACAGAUCAUGAAACAGAACCCAUGGGUGCCUGCUUCCAAGCUGUAGGUUCAUAAGCAUGCAUAUUCCAAGAUGCUCAUUAUCAACCUUUUCUUUCCCAAGAAAUAUUUAUAAGACUAAGGCACCUGCCUUAUUCAAGAAGUAGCAGACAGACCUGAAAAUAACAAUGUUUCAGAGCAGCAGACAUAAUGCUAUUUCUUUGGAAGUGAUCCAUUUUUGUUCACUUGUACCCAUAUAUAUUUAUAGGUACACACAGAGAGAAUAAAAUUCUUGCACUGUCUGGAAAAGAUCUGAGCUACCUUAAAAUACUUGAUGUUUUGAAUCUUCGCAGUUUUUUUAUUUGCUAACAAAUAUAUUCACAAAAGCCCAAAACUUCUAGAAGCAGAAAUCCCCACAGAGGUAACAAAAACAUUGUCUUGGAUCAAGGAAACUUUUAAGAGCCAUUUUCCACUCCCACCUGCUCCCUUUUGCUCCCAUUGUGGGUAUGUUAACUUUUUGUAGGCAUACUUUUGAACGCUUGGGUCCAUUACAUACAAAACUUGCAUAGACAAAGAUGCAAAGCAUUGCAGUACUUGGAAGAUAUUUUUUUUAAAAAAAAACAUCAGUAUAUAAUUUUCACAAAGACAGACCAACUACAUGUGGGGGCACUUUCUUCUUUUGUUGCUGAUUUUGGUAACUUAGUUUGAGCCAGAUGGGGUCUCAUUGUCCAAAUUCAGUCUCCCCAAGUCUUCAUGUUUAUAAUUUUCUAUUAAUUUGUAUAUGCACCCCCCCAAAAAAAAUCUUUCUGGAGAAAGUACCAAAUAAUGCCUUACAUCUCCCACCUCAGAUUUAAUUUUAAAUGAGGGAAUUGGACAUUAUCUUCAGGUAUCCUUAUAUUCUUUCCAAUGUCACUUAUUUCAUGUUGUUCUAUUUUUAGUAAAAAGAGCAAAAAGCUUUUCUCCAUGUGGAAUAACAGCCGUGUAAUCAGUCUAGCUAAUAUUUGCUAACUAUAAAAAACAGAAACCUGAGUGAGAUGCAUGAAGCAUCAGGAUGAAGCAAUGCAGUGAUAUAGUACUAGAGGGGCUGUUCCUUGGGUAAUACUGUCAACUGAUGUUUAUCUGUGCUGUUUUGUAUGCAUAACAGCCUAUGCUUCUGCUGAUGCACGUAUAUAUUUUGCUCUAAUUGGUGUUAUGUUUUAGAUGCCUGAAGUAGCUUGCACAGUUGGAAGUUUGCCUAAGGAAUUAGAAAUAUAAGUUGCGAAGACAUAUGAGAAGAACAUUUGUAGUCCUCAUGCUUCCAUGUUAAUGCUGUAUAAAAUUAUUUCAAUAUUUGAAAAAAGGUAAUUCUAGUAAUGAGCUGUGUUUUUGCUGCAAGCGAAAAGUGCCAUAACGUUCUCAGGAGAGUAGUAACAAGCUUAAUAAAGACAGCUGUUUCAGUCAUUUGUGCUUCUAUUCCUUCUUACUUAUUAAAACCGAGAAAUCCGGACACGUUUUCUCUCUGCAGCCCAUGCAAUCCAAAUUUGUGAACGUGUUUGCAGAAAAGGCACUCAAACCAAACCGACUUGGCAGCAUUCAAGCUUGUGUACGGUGCAAAGUACUCGUCUUACUCAUAUUCAGUCUAUUCAGUGUUGAGCCCGGUUUAUAGACUAAUGUUAAAAAUGUAUUUAAAUGUGUGUCUGUCCUAUUUGUAUGUAAAUCUGGCUAUGGAGUGUAAGAUGCAAAGCACUGAAGAGGCAUAACAGUGCUGACCCCUCCUUGAAGCUCCCACACUCACUUCCAAUUGCUUUCUUCUCAGCUGGCCCUACUUCCAGUAUCAAAGCCCACUUUGGAGCAAAGUGAUUCGAAGGAUGGACUUUGAGAGUAGCAGUGGUGGAUUCAUCACUCCAUGAUCAUGUGCCUGUUUGGUCUUCUGAAUCACACUCUCCAUGCUAGCUUUCCAUCUAAAUAGGGUGGGUCUGUGUUUGGAAACACAGUUUUGCUCACAUCACAUGCUUUUUGUGCCUCCGUUUAACAUCAUGGAAGUUAAUAUUGCUUAAUUGGGGCUUAGGCACAGACUAGAUGCCAUGGUUUGCACAUGAUGGGCCCUUAUAUGCUUGAUUUCUGUUCAUUAAAUAGUAGUUGCAGAGGGACCAGGAUUAUUCCUUUCAUGGUCCUAAGCCAGAUCACUCCUCCCAAGCUAUUUAGUAAAACACCCCCCCAAAAAAAAAAAAAUUGCAAGGGAGAAGCAAGGGCAUACUAUGCUGUCUAGUUUGGCUUUUGACUAUGGUUACUGUUUAGCCAAGACUAAACCAUUUCACCUGUGCUUCAGUUCAGGUGUCUCUGACAGUACUGGGGAGUGUGUGCUGAGAAUAAUCAACUUGAAUCCACUUGGCCCCACAUUCAGCCCUUCAAGGGGUACAUGUCCCAGCUCCAGUGUGCUGUGCAUGCCUGCUCCACUCCUGACCAAGCCCCACUGAUGUGCUGAUGUGAAGAGAAAUGCUGCCUUUUAUUUUGCGCAAAAUGAUAUGUAAAAAGCAAAGUUUUCAGCCACCCCUCACGGCAGCAUUGGAGUAGGGAGAGCUGGAAAUGCUGUGUGUGUGUGUGUGUGUGUGUGUGUGUGUGUGUAUUUGUAAUAUAUUUGUAUACACACAUACCUAGGCCACACCCACCGCUAUCAUGCAGCUCUCAGAAAGGUAGCUGACCAUCAGUGAGGCUCUCAGGCUGAAAAAGUUCAGCCACACUUUGUCUGCACAGACUGGCAGCAGCUCCCCAAAUUUCUCUGCAAGUGCUGUCUGGAGAUGGUUCCUGAGAGCUUUUGCAAGAGAAGUAUGUGCAUUUUGUUUUCAUGUGUUCAGGCUAAAUACUUGAAGACGGCUAGCUAUUUCAUUUAUUUUACUUAAAUUCCUUAGAAGUUCAAAGUGCCAACGAUUCAAAAAAACAGUAAUAUAAAACAAUCGCACCUAAUAAUGAAAUAUUAGCAUGAGAAACUAGGACCACAAUAACAAUUACAAGGCAGCCAUCGGAAUUAAAACAUCAGCAUACCAAACAUACCCCAAAGGAGGAAGUGUUCAGCCAAAGGCCACCCAAAACAGUUACACCCGAGGGAACCUGGCACAACUCUCUUGGCAAGGCGGUGCAGGAUUCAUCCUUAUUGAAUCACAGUACUGCACAGGCCAUAAGAAAAUCACCAUUCCUAUCUGUGUUUCAGAUAAGGAAAGCUUGCGUUUAACUUGAGUAAAGCUGUUCCUUGUGUUGGUGAAUUGAUAUUCCCUUACCUUAUCCUUUCAGCUUCUGUUCUGACAUCCUAUAGUACAUUAUUAUUGAUUCAAGCAAAUCAAGUGGUACCUUUGUCAGUCCUCAGUACAUUGUUUAGAUUACAUACAGAUCAUUAAAAGUACCGUCAGUUUAUUCUAGUGUCAUCAGAAAUAUUGUUGGCAGCAAAAAGAAAGAAAUAAGGCAGGUAACUUUGUACAUUUUCCUAAUAAUGCUGCUUUGACAUUUAGGAAGGAUCACAGCAGUGCCAUUCUUAGAUAAUAACCAAGUAACUGGAAAUGAUUGAUUAAACAAUGUCCUAUAUUGUCAGUUUGCAAAGCAAUCUGGAAUGUCUUUGACCUGUGUGAUUGAGUUAGUUACCAUGCAGAUUUCUUUCUACACUUGAGGAAGGCUCAAUAAUGGUGCACAUAUUUCACACAAAUGAGGAUACCUGAGCUUUCCCCAAGCUUUUCAGGGAAUGAAUCUCAAGUGACUGAAGAACUAGUAUCCAUGGAGAACUGAAAUUCAUAUCUGUUGACCACCAGAGUUGACCAUUCUGCUAUUAAACAACUAUACCACAGAAGAUAUUAAAAUAACCAAAGGUACAAGGCAGGGAUGCCCACUGUCGCCACUAUUAUUCAUUAUGGUGCUGGAAGUUUUGCUAAAAUCAGUAAGAAAAAUGAAGAUAUAAAAGGGGUGUCUAUAGGGAAAAAUGAAUACAAAGUUAAAGCAUUCGCAGAUGACUUGGUAUUGACAGUAGAAGAACCAGUGGAAAGUAUUGAAAGAAUCUUAGAAGAAAUAGAACAAUUUGGUCGAGUUGCAGGAUUUUAUCUCAACAAAAAAAAGACGAAAAUCAUGGCUAAAAACAUGAAUCAAGAACUAAUUGAGGAAAUACAACAAAGGACAGAGAUAGAAGUGGUGAACAAAGUGAAGUAUUUAGGAAUAUGGUUAACCCCAAGAACAUUGACUUGUUUCAAAACAAUUACUUACCUAUGUGGAAUCAGAUAAAAAGGGAUUUGGAGGUGUGGGGAAGACUGAAAUUGUCCUUUUGGGGGAGAAUAUCCACGAUAAAAAUGAGUGUGCUACCAAAGAUGUUAUUCCUUUUCCAAUCAUUGCUGAUAGUUAAGGGGGCAUCAAUUUUUAAAGAAUGGCAAAAAAUAAUUUCAAGAUAUAUCUGGCAGGGUAAGAAGCCAAGGAUUCGGUUUAAGUUAUUAACAGAUGCAAAAGAGAGAGGUGGCUUCGCCCUGCCAGAUUUGAAAUUAUAUUAUGAAGCAUCAUGCCUCUGUUGGAUAAAGGAAUGGAUUAAAUUAGAGAAUGGAGAGCUGUUCGAUUUAGAAGGAUUUGACAACAGAUUUGGUUGGCAUGCUUACCUAUGGUAUGAGAAGAAAAAAAUUCACAAAGGUUUUGAAAACCACAUCUUCCGAAGAUCACUGAUAGAGGUGUGGGAGAGGUAUAAAAACUUGUUGGAACCUAGACUCCCCCAUUGGAUUUCACCAUUAGAAGUGAUGAGUGUGAAAAAAAUUAAUAUGAGGGGGAGGUGGAUAACAUAUGGAGAAUUGGUAACAAGAGGGGGGGGGAAUGGAAAAUGAAAACUUAUGAAGAGGUGAAAGAAUUUGUUUACGACUGGUUACACUACUUUCAGAUUAAUGAAAUGUUUAAAAAAGAUUGUAAAAUGUGUGGGUAUGAAGGUAAAGAAUCAAAAUUCCAAGUGGAGGUAUUGAAUAAUGAGUAUAAAAACCUGUCUAAAAUGUAUAAAGUGUUGCUGGAGUGGCAUACAAAAGAUGAAGAAGAAGACCUCUAGUAAUGAUACACUGGGCAAGAGACUUUGGUUACAAUAUACAGUAUGAUGAUUGGAUGAAAUUAUGGAAUGAAAGGCUAAAAUUUACGACAUGUGCUGCGUUGAAAGAAAAUGUAAUGAAAAUGUUUUACAGAUGGUAUAUAACGCCAGUUAAACUGGCCAAAAUGUAUAAAACAUGCAACAAGUGUUGGAAAUGUAAAGAAAAAGAAGGUACUUUCUAUCAUAUGUGGUGGGAGUGUAAAAAGGUGAAAGACUUCUCGGAAAUGAUAUACAAUGAAUUGAAAAAGAUGUUGAAAUAUACGUUCGUUAAAAAACCAGAAGCCUUUCUAUUAGGAAUGGUAGGAAACGAAAUCAAUAAGAGAGACUGUAAACUGUUUCAAUAUGCAGUGACUGCCGCAAGGAUACUUCUGGCCCAAAGAUGGAAACAGGAAGAAAUUCCAACAGUGGAAGAAUGGAGAAGGAAAUUGACCGAAUAUGCAGAAUUGGACAAAUUGACUGGGAAGAUUCAAUACCAGAAAGACCAAAAGUUUAUCGAGGACUGGGGGAAAUUUACAGAAUAUCUGAAAAAUAUAUGUGAUGUACAGACAACGCUUGUUGGUUUUGAAGAGACUCUGUGAAAUAGUAAGAAAUACUGCAAAAAAAGAGAGUAAGAGGAAAAGGAGUGGGGAAAGGCAAUAUCAUGUUUAGAAAUGCGUCAAUAAAUAGAAAUUUUUCUAAAGAUUGACAGAGAAACUGAGGGAAGUCAAAAAUUGAAGCAUGAGUGUAAAACAAUUUGUUGAUUGUAUAAAACUUGUUUGGAAAAUGAAUAAAAAUAAUUUUUUUAAAAAAAAGAGUUGACCAUUCUGCAUAAGAGAGACCAUGAUUCAGUUCCCUUUUCUCCGACACCUUCUUACAUUGGGCAUUGCCAGGUGCUGGUAUCAGUCAUUAACCACAAUAUAUUUGCAUUGCUCUUUGGAAAUGAAAGCAGUGCCCAAUUAAUUGCAUGGCACAUAAUCUGGCUUUGCAAGUGCCUGUGUGAUGUUAAAUAGCAAAAGAAUUGCUUGGCAGACUGAUGCACGAAUUAAAUCAUUUAGGCAACAGAAGAUAAAGAUUCUGUUUUGCUGAUGAAAUUAAGUUGUAAAUUAAGGGGAUUAACUCUGCUUAACAUCAAUAAGUACAUAGAGAAUCUGUGGAAAGCUUUGUCUGGGAAAAUGUGAUGAUGGCAAGUGCUAUUGGUUGCUUGAGUUAAGUUUGUGGACUAAAAAUAAUGCCAUUACCCUUCCUUUAGGGAAUUCAUGUAAUGCCAUUAAACAGUAUGUGGGUGAGACAGAGGUGGGAAGGCCUUGGGAUCUCAACAUUUGUUGAAGUCAUAUUGCUGUAGGAGUUACUCCUGCUUGAUGCUUUAGCAACAAAUCAGAAAUUUGAGGGAAGUGACCUGGAAAAGAGGUGCUCCUCUAACUUUGCACCUUGGGCUAUGGGAAUGUUCUGCUCUCUCAACUUGUCUGGGGCCAACUCUUGCAACAGAGUGGAGUGGGGGGGAGCACUGAGGAUUUCACAUGCCAUUACAGACUUAAAAGACAUGUGUACAUUGUGCUGCAUUUAUUUCUGGAAUUCAAAGUAUUGUUCUCAAUUCUCUGUUAGCUCUAUUGAAAACUCUGGUGCGCUGUGACUGUGAAGAUCAAUACUCUUGUUAGCGCAUAGUAUAAAAUGAUCUGCUGAACAUCCCCCUCGGCUAAUCAAAAGCAAAUUAAAGUGGAGGCCACUUUGGUAGGUGGCUGGGGAUUAUUGAAAUUUUUAUGAUGCAAAGGUAAUUGAAACUAAGAAACUACAUGGAUCGUUUUGUUUUAAACCCUUAACUGAAUGGAAAAUGGAAAAUGGAAAGCUUGUUAACGAUGCUAAAUGCUUUCUUACUGCUGCUGUGUAUUUUUAAGGUAAAAAUAAAUAAAUCAGAAUGCUCUUUAAAUACUAAAUUAAUGUAUUAUUUGGUAUUUUUUGCCUUUUCAGUCCUUAGAGAGAAACUGGAAGGUGAUUCGAGAUGAAGGACUUGCUGUGAUGGAUAAAGGAAAAGGGCUCUUUCUGCCUGAAGAUGAGAACUUGCGGGAGAAAGGUGACUGGAGCCAGUUUACUCUCUGGCAGCAAGGUUUGUAAGCGCUAAUUUUCCCCUCUCUCCGGUCACUCAGUUUCCAUGCUGCAAUUUUAAUAAAAGCUGUCCUUUUAAUGGAAAUGGGUUUGUUCCUGUGAAGUCAGACUGCAAUAAAAUGAAAAUGCAUGGCUGUUCUACAGCAAGUGCUGGAUCCAAUCUAUUUGGGCCAGGUGGCCUCAGUGGGCCCACAUCCUCCUUGACACUAUCACCACUUUUUGUUCACUUGUCCUUUCUCUCUGUGACCAAUACAUUCAGCCUCACAAAGGGAGGGGAUGAGGCAAGUGGAAGCUGCUUACCCUUCUCAUUCCUGCCAUUGCCCUCUUUUGUGCAAGGACCGGGGGAAAGGGACUGACAGCAAAAAAGAGGAACAGCAAGUCCAAUAGGUACUCGAGACUUCCUGAUACGAGGAUCAUGCUUGUCCACAUGGCAGUAAAAAGUUAGAAAUUGUCCUAUGCAUGUUACUGUUGUGACAUUUUUAUAGAGACAUAAGAAGCAGUCUUCUUUUUCCCUUGAUCACUUCCUUUCCAGCAGAGUGAUGUACUGUCAGGCUCAAGGGAUUCUCUCCUCCCCCCGGUAGCAUCAAGGAUCAAAGAAGAAACAAGAAAAUUCAUAUUUGUGGUUUUAUUCAGUAAUCGUGGAGCAAGGAAAACAAUCCAGUCCUUAACUCCAUGGUGACGUUGCUCACUCUGAGCCCAUCCCCUUCUUUCUCCAGCAACAGCCCAUGGCUCUAUGGGAGGCUUCAGGAGUCAAAUGUCGUUGAGCCCUUUGCUCUUGAAUUCUAAGUGAGCGACGAGUACGCGGUGGUGGUGGAGCUUCUGUUCUCUCCAAGGAAGUCUCUGCUGGCAUUUCUCCAACUUCCCCUCCUUCUCCUAAGAUCUCAUAACUUGGCAGCUCUGCGUUUUGCUGUAAUACAAUCCUGUCUCCCACUUCUCUUGAAACUACUGGAGAUCCCCCCCUACCCCUCCUCCUCCAAGGGAAGCAGAGGAGAAGGAGGAGGUGAUUCCCAAACCUCUUCUUCAGUCCAGUCCCUGACAUGUACAUAAGAACAUUAGAAUAUCGGGCCCAAGGCCAAUCUAGUCCAACAACCUGCUGUUUGCACAGUGGCCAACCAGCACCUGUGGGAUGCCUGCAAGCAAGACAUGAGUGCAACAGAACUCGGCCCACCAGUCUUCCUGGUGUUCACACACACACACACACACACACACACACACAGAGAGAGAGAGACACACACGUAACUGAAUCAGUUGCAGCCUUUGUAUACCAAGCUAUUUAGAUUUAUAACAAACUUGUACAGAAUUUACAGAGAUACUAUGUUUUUGUCCAACUGUUUUUUGUUCAAAUUAUUAACAAUGAAAAAUGUACUGUGGAUGGGCUUUCUCAUAAUUUGGAAGGCUUUUCCCAUCAAUCCCUCUUUGCAUGGAAUCAAUAUUUGUUUUUGGAAUUAGAAGGUCUGUGGACUUGUAAUAGACUUAAAUAAACUUAUGAAUUUUACAGAGAUAAUUUUCAAGUGUUUGAAUAACUUUGAAGGUUGACGAAGGAGAAUUUAAAGGUUGAUUAAUCUUUUGUUUUAAGAAUUCAGAUUCCUGGUGCUUAAGUUGUGGUUUUCCCCCUCCUUCUAGGAAGAAAAAAUGAAAAUGCAUGCAAGAGUGUUCCCAAAACAUGUGCCUUAUUGGAACGAUUUCCAGAGGCCACUGGAUGCAGAAGAGGACAGGUGCUAACUGAUAUAGAGGGGAAGAGAGAGGUGGGGCGGGGAGAGAGAUGUUAUAGGGAAUGUUGAGUGUUUAAUGUGCAUAACAGGCCAUUGUCCAGGCCUCAUUGAGAAUGUGCACGUUAUAUUUCAGUGAAGAGGGGAUUGUGCACAUUUCCUGGUUAUUAUGCAUCUUGGGAAAUGUGCAUAUUGUGGCUUAAUUUUUAACAUUCUCUUGCCAUUAUGCAUAAUCCCCAACAGGCCUUGGGUAAUGUACAUAUAUUGACUGCAUUUGGACGUUCCCAGGACAAUAUGCACAUUAUCUGAUCUGUAUGCAUAGUCUCAAAGAAACCUGCCUUUUUUCUAUUUCUUGUUCAGAAGUGUGCAAUCUACACUCCCCAGGUUGCUUCUGGCCCACUGCGUGGCAUCUACCUGGGUCAUGCUUCUGGCCCACUGCGUGGCAUCUACCUGGGUCACAACGCUACUGAUCACCUAAAUCCCCCCCCCCCAUGUAGUUCUCCUUUCCACCAUUCUCAGCUGUUUCCCAGUCAGCUGAGCAGCACAAGGGGGGUCAUAUAGAGAUGCAAGUUUUAAACUUUCCUUCCCACUCCUACAAUUCUGAUAGAAAUACAAUCCCCGCCCCCCGCCCCUUAUUAAGUGUGCUCCUGCACACUGCAACAAACCAUUUUUGGUGUGACCUGAGGGUGGGAUUGUAUUGGAGCUCUAAAGUAGCUCUAGGAGAUUCAGCUCUAAUUAAAGCUCCUAUCAUGUGCUUUGGAGAAGUUAAAGAACCUUUAUAUCAAGGUUCCUGGACAUAGUCAUGAACAGGCUUGCUAACACAAGAUGACAUAGCAGUGCUGGCUUGUCAGCCUGAAUUGGUUUGAACACAGUCCUAUACUCUCUGCAAGUUAGAGUAAUUGAACUGAUUUUUUUAAAAAAACCCACAAACUAUGCCUCUCUCUGCAGAUCAAAUAUUCUGUCAUGCACCCAGGGACUCAUGUCUGGCCUCACACAGGGCCUACAAAUUGUAGGCUGAGGAUGCAUCUAGGCUUGGUGAUUCCAAAAGAAGGGUGCCAGAUUCGGUGUGCUGAAGAAACAAGGUAUCACCCUCCUCCCCUAUCCUCCGGUCUGGGGUUUAUGAUGACAAGAGGGGGGACAGGAGCCAAAGGGGAAGAGCUCCCCAGCAAACAGAGUCAGUACUCUGUUUAGGGAAGCUUUUAAUGUUUAAUAGAUUAUUGUAUUUUAAUAUUCUGUUGGAAGCCGCCCAGAGUGACUGGGGAAACCCAGCCAGAUGGGUGGGGUAUAAAUAAUAAUAAUAAUAAUAAUAAUAAUAAUAAUAAUAAUAAUUAUACAGAACCUGGUGAGUCUGGGCAGAACCAGGUUUUUUUUGGGGGGGGGGCUGGAUUAAAUCUGGAAGACCCUGGGCAAAGCUGUCAGCAUUUGGUUACCAGACAGAACACACACGAGUUAAAAGCACUGGCUGGUUGACAUGCCCUAUCAUCUAUCUAUCUAUCUAUCAUCUACCUAUAUCUAUCAUCUAUCUAUCUCUCUACAGUAUCUAUCAUCUAUCUAUCUAUCUAUCUAUCUAUCUAUCUAUCUAUCAUCUAUCUAUCAUCUAUCUAUCUAUCUAUCUAUCUAUCAAGUGAGCAUAAGAUUGCAAUUUAAGGCAGUAUACAGGAAAAAUUCUUUAAAAGCUAGUGUUGUUUUCCAGUCUGCCAAUCAUGCCAAAGCUGCUUUGGAACUGUUACCAUUGUAGAAACCCAGUUAGUGGUUUUUGUGGGGAGGGGAGGGAAUCACAUGUGCCAAUCAUCUUCCUAACAUGUAAUUAUUUAUGUAUAUAUAAUGUGAUUGCAGCUACUUCCACCAGAAAUUUUGGACACUUGCCAGCAUAUACCUAAUUUUAAUACUGCACCACACAUGUCAGUUUGUGGCAGCCGUUAGCUCCUAUUGACUAGUCACUGACAAUAAUAUUUGUUUCCAGGAGUUUGAGCUGAGUUAGGUGCAAAGUGAUGUUGCUCAGAAAUUUGAUAAUGAGAAAUUUAAUGAAUGUUUAGCUUCUCCUAGUCAUUGUUUGUCAUUUCCAUUCCAAGCUUUUACUUAUUACAAAAGAGAAAGCCAUUACACAAUCAUAAUAUAUUACUGCAGAAAAGCCCUCCAAAAACCUUACCCAGCCCUUUUACAGGGAUAAACAUGAUCUAGAUCAGAUGCUGCAAUUCAAAAUGCAAUAUGAAAUACAAAUAAUUUAAACUUAAUAAGCUGUCAAAGGAGAGUUCCGUAUAAUACAGGAGUGUCUAGUGGUAAGAGAUGGGCAUUAGUUGAUGCAACCAACAUAGCCCAGUGUUGACAUAAUCCUAAUUGUACGAUAUCAUGUUGUGAUUAUCACAUUGUGGUACUUUUCAUUCACAAUAUAGUGUGGCAUACACACACAAAAACCCACAUUUAUUUCCAUUUCAGUGGUAGGUUGAGCAAUUGAUCCCAGAAACCAAUUAACGGCCCUGGCAAUUCUGUAGCUGUUUUGUUUUGUUCUGUUUUGUUUUGUAUGUGUGUGUAGCAAUCUCUUUCAAGGCUAUGUAAAUGACAGAAUCCUCUUCAAAUUUUCGACAGCAACACUUCCCUUGCACUAGUGUUUUUCUCAAGAAUCAGAACUUUUGGUGGCUAAUUAAUGCAAUUUUUUAAAUAAAAACAAACAAACCUUUCCUCCCCCUUUAAAUAGAGUCACUUUCUUACGCAAGUUUGUCACCUGCUUUCCACCAGAAUUAGACAGAAGCUAAAUUUAAGAACUGGCAUGGUGUUGCCUAUAAUCCUGCAUGCCAGUUUACAGGACUGACUAUUUUAAUCCUUGGGUUUCAUAUAUCUGGAUUAGAAUUAACAUUUAUUCCCACUUUUCUAUUAAAACAACACUUGAAGCAGCUAUCCAAAGUUCUGGUGUGUAAAUUUAGGAUCGAGGUUCCUCAUAGCCAUCACUUUAAAAAAUCAGUUUAAAUAAAUGAGUUUUCUUUCUUGAUUAUGACACUUCCACUGUAUUGUAUUUUCCAUUAGUCAAAGUAUCAGCCAAAAUGUUCAGCGCUAUGAAUUUAGUUGAAAGAAGGUCCCUUUUAAGUAGGGUGAACAAAACACUUCUGAACAUCUUUCCAAUUGUGAAGCUUAAAUCCUUUCCUCUAAUUGCUUCCUCUGUUUAUUGCUCUCUCUUGAAUUUUCUUCUCUUUAAAUCUUUAUGGUAAUGUGAUGUCCAGGGCUGUUUGCAGUAUUUAAAGCUCAGUCUUGUUCUCAUCAGAGAUUAAUUAUGAGAAGACUGUGGCCUGCUCUCAUUGUAGAACUAGGGCAAUGUUGGAGUGAGGUGAGCGAUGGAUAUUCUUGCCUAUUGCUCUCUGCUUCCGUAGGAUAAUCCCUGAGUUGAGAGCUGGGGUACAAGCUCUACUUUCAGAGUACUAAUCAGAGACUUUGCCAGUCGCAGACUUUGGAGGAAUUAAGAGAUCGUCAGGAUGCUCCUAAGGUUUCCUGUUCACAGGAUCAUGAAAAAAAGGAGGAAAUGGUGGUUAGAAAUAUAACGUGUUCUGUGUAAACCUGAACCUUAUGGGGGAAGCCUUGCAGUGUCCCAUCAAGAGGCCAAAUUAAUGGUGUGAAUCAGGCAUCAAAGAGAAAACUCAUGUGACCCAAAGAGGUCUGUUAUACUUGUGUAUGGUAGAACCAGCGAGGCAAGGCAGCAUCUCUUUCCAAGAAGGUUGCUAUCACUGGAUAAUUAUUAUUUCAAAGAGGUCCAAGGUUGUCAUGUCCUGCAAACUGAAAUUAGGGGAUGGGGGAAAGGAAAAGUGGCCCUCAGUGGCAGCUAGAUUAGACAACACUGGGCCAAGCUCAGGAAAUAUGCUAUGAACUGAUAUAAUGCAACUCUGCAAAGGGCACAAUGAGACCUCUGCAAAUACCAAAAAGCCGGUCAUAUUUGCACUGAUCUUCACCAUGGUGUAAGAAACUGUUUUCAGAAAUAGCGCUUCUUGAAUGACUCAAUCAACAUAUAUCUCACAGACUGAACACAUGUCAUAAGCCAAAUUUCUAGGUUUCUAGUUGAUUUAAAAAAAUAGGUAGAUGAUGACUGUAUUUUUGUCACAUAGAGGUGACAGACUCUUCUUGGAAGUUUUUAAGUAGAAGUUGGAUAUGAUUUAGUUGAGAUUCCUGUGUAGCAGAGGGUUGGAUACCUUCCAACUCUACAGUUCUAUGAUUCUAUGAAAUACUAGCUUCAUUGCUUCAUUAUAGGCCCUAUCCACAUUAGAUAAGUACCUCUUGAUAUUUCCAUGAGCCAACUGGAAACAAAGUUAGGAUAGAAGCCAUAUUCCCAUUUGAACACUUUUCACUCUAGCUCUGCCCAUCAUUGACUCUGGCUCCUGGGACACCUGGCAUGCAGCCUAUGACAGAUUACCUUUGAGGGCAUGUGAACCCCAUCAUAGAAAAGGAAGAGUAUUCAUUGGUGGAUUAUAAGUUUAUUAACUUCUGCUUCAGGUUUUUGCUAGUAAGAUGGUUUCAUAAAAGUCAGUCAAAGUGAAUCUUGUGUGUUCAUUUGCUCUUCUAAGAAUUAAUUUGUACAUAUUGCUUUAUUAGCCUAGAUUUGCUUUGGAAAAUUACCAUACUUGUUUUCUUUUUCCUUGAUGUUGAUCUUUCCUCUCAAUGUUUUUCAGUAUGAUGCUUAAACAGAUGAACAGUUCUUCAGACUUACCGAACUUGGUUGCUGAAUAUAUUACAUUUGCAUCCUACCUUUUCUCAGCAUAUAUGACACUAUCUCCAUUUCAUCCUACCCAAACCCCUGUGUAGUAGGUUAGCUUGAGAGACAGGGGCAGAUUUGUGAGGGGCACAGCAAAGAAAGAGGAGGUUGUGUGAAGAGCCUUAAAUUAGAAUCUAACCCAAUCAAACAAUAAGUAAACACAAUGUAGAGAAUCUGUUACAGAUUCUGGAUCAAUGUGGAUGUGCAUUCUACCACAUAUUUUAUAUCAUACAUCUGGCUUUAUGGAGUAGUGCAAUUCUCCUUUUUGUAUGGAAGAGCUAAUAUCAAGCUAUUCCAGAGUAAAGCUACUAGCUCCAGGGUAGUUUGGUCAUCUGUGCACGGUUUUCAUCUAGAAUGGAGAUGUGGUUCUUGAGGCAGCAAAUAAAGGAUGGCUUCUCUGUCUUUCAGGUUCUGGGAAGAAGGGAAAAUCCUUAUCUUUGAUGACUCUUUUGAACAUGAAGUGUGGCAGGAUGCUGAUGCUUAUCGCCUGAUAUUCAUUGUGGAUGUUUGGCAUCCAGAGUUAACAUCUCAACAGCGGCGCUCCCUUCCAGCCAUUUGA